UGUUUCAAUCUCAUAUGGUCGCGCCAUUUCACCGGCACAUUUUCAAACAUGGCCGAGAGAACAACGAGCGACGACGAUCGCGAGAUGGAGAGACCGCAAUUUGGAACGCGAAAUUUACCUUCCCAUGGGGACGUUUUUCAACACAAUACAUGGGACAAUGUUACAUGGAACGAGGAACAAGAGAAAUGGGCGCAAGAGAAAGUGGAUGAGAAUUCUGCUGUCACAGUAUCAUCUGAUCAACUUCUGAAAUAUGAGACUGAAGCAGAUAAAUAUUGGGACAAGUUUUAUGGGAUACAUAACAAUGGAUUUUUUAAGGACAGACAUUGGUUACUGAUCGAGUUUCCCGAAUUGGCUCCCAAUACAGUUAAACAGAAUAUUGAUAGACCCAUAAGAGCUGCACUUACGGACGAAGAAAGAAGUCAUGGAGAGAGGCACAUAAAAAUUCUCGAUUUACCAUGUAACGAAGGUUGCAAAAUAUUGGAAAUAGGAUGUGGUGUUGGAAACACCGUGUUUCCUGUACUCGUAUAUAACAUAGAUCCAAAAUUAUUUGUAUAUUGUUGCGAUUUCUCCGCGAAAGCUAUCGAUAUACUGCAGCAGAAUCCUGCUUACGAUGUAAGCAGGUGUAAAGCAUUUGUGCUUGACGCAACUCAGGAGACGUGGGCGACCCCUUUUGAACCUGAAAGCCUGGACAUUAUCGUUCUUAUAUUCGUACUAUCUGCUAUCCAUCCUGACAAAAUGCAGCACGUUGUACAGCAGAUGCAUAAGUACCUGAAACCGGGGGGAAUAGUGUUGUUCCGCGAUUACGGCAGAUACGAUCUUGCACAAUUGCGAUUUAAGAAAGGCAGUUGUCUCGGCGAGAACUUUUAUGUGCGUGGCGACGGCACGCGAGUGUAUUUUUUCAAACAAGAGGACAUUAGAACGUUAUUUACCGAUAAUGGCUUCAUCGAGGAACAAAACUUUGUCGACAGAAGAUUGCAAGUUAACAGGGGGAAACAAUUAAAAAUGUACAGAGUCUGGGUGCAGGCAAAAUAUCGAAAAGCAUCUUCAUAGAAAUAUUUGUAGUGUAAUUUGAAUUACUAAAUUUUCUACUGGAUAAACUAGAGAUUUCAAGAUUUAGACGGAAUAGUCGCAUAGAAUCUUCUAUAUUUUUGUAUAUUGUUAUCUGCCUCAUCCCUCUCUGUUGUUUAUUAAAAUUUGAUUCUCGUUUAUACUGAAACGAGACUUCUUCAACUUCUCAAAACUCUAAAUGUACAUGAUUGUAAAUGUAUAAUAAUCGUUGAUUCCAUUCCUUGCGAACUGAAAAUAAGAUGCAUGUGGAUUGAAUAAAAUAGAACUGCGUAAUA